AUACUCAAAUGAAUUGGUCAAAACACGUCUAAAAUACCAACACCACUAUAAAAAGUUGCAUCUUCUCUUCCUAUUAAUAUCAUUCUUGAACAACAACACUUACCUCUUGUGUUCACAAUUUUUCGAGAUACAACUUCCGUCCAGUAGCUCCUUCACUCAAUAGUCUUGAAUUGUUUGGAGUAAAACUCGAACAAGAAUAUCAACAUGGAGGUUGAUCUCCUUUCCAAUGAAACCAAUAUCACUGCAAAGUCACCACUUGUUAGCAGAAACAACAAGCCAGAAAAGAAAUGUGUCAAGUUUCCAGCAUCACCAAGAUUUCAACGAAGAGAUUCAUCACCACACGUUACAAGACGAGUAGUGAGAACAGCAGCAACAAGUCAUUACAGUCUACGAAAACUUCACGGAUCAGCUAACAAAGAGAUCAUAAAGAGAGCGUUAACACCACCAGCUCGUCGACCAACUUUGAGAUGGUUGGAUUUCAAACCAACUCCAAGUCGACUUUGUAAUAUGUCUGCAGCAUAGUUGUAUCUACUUGAAUGUACAAAAGGAAGUCAAUAUAACAGCUUUUUUAUUUGUUUAC